CAACCCCGAGCGCCGGGACCGCUGAGGAGGAGGAGGCGCCGCCGCCCCGGGCCGCGCGGCCCCUUUAAGAGGCGCGGAGUCGCCCCCUCCUCCUCCUCCUGCCCCUUCCGGAGCCGGACCCGGGGUGACGGCGGUCCCCGCGCCCCUUCCCCCUGCCCGCCCCCUUCCCCAUGGUGCCGACCCCGGCGGCGGGGCGGUUGCCAUGAACAGCAGCGGCCUGCCCUGCUCGUCGCCGUCGCCGGUGGUGGGGCCGCCGCCGGGGGCGGGGGUCGGCGUGGCGGGUCCGGCGGCCGGCGGGGCGGGGGCCGGCGGCGGCGGGGCCGUGAAGCUGAAGUUCUGCCGCUACUACGCCAAGGACAAGACCUGCUUCUACGGCGAGGAGUGCCAGUUCCUGCAUGAGGAGCCGGGCGCCGCCCCCGCCGGCCCGGGGCCCGCCGCACCCCCCCUCGGCGGGCUCCCGCUCGGCAUCCCCCCACCCGCCGCCGCCGCCGGGCCGGGCUACUCGGCUCACGGGGCCAGCUCGGGCCCGGCGGCAGCGGUGGUGGGGCCUAAGAAAGCCGAGCUGGGGGCGGGAGGCGGCGGAGGCGGCGGCGGCGGCGGGGGGCUGGAUGGCCCGCGGCUGGCGAUUCCCGGAAUGGAUGGUGGUGGGUUAGCUGAUGCUAAUCUGACGGAUUCAUACUUUAGCACCAGCUUCAUUGGCGUUAAUGGAUUUGGAAGUCCUGCUGAAACCAAGUAUCCCAUGAUGCAGAGGAUGACAAAUAGCAGCAGCUCCCCUAGCCUUCUCAAUGACAGUGCCAAGCAGUAUGCAGGCCAUGAUCCACUAACUUCACCAAAUUCAUCCUUGUUUAAUGACUUUGCUGCCCUCAGCGUAUCUCAAAGGAGGAAGCUGGCAAAACCAGCAUUUCCUUCGUUUAUCACUGACUUGGAGGACAGAUAUAAUACAGUCGUGCCCAGGAAGUAUCGACUGGGAAUGCUGGAUGAGAGGAUAGUUCCGGUGGGAUCAAAAGCAAGAAAAUCAAAGAACCCUAUUGGCUGUCUGGCUGACAGGUGUAAAACAGGAGUACCCAUCAAUAUGGUUUGGUGGAACAGAGUCACAGAAAACAAUUUACAGACACCAAAUCCUUCUGCAAGUGAGUUUAUUCCUAAAGGAGGAUCAACCUCCAGGCUGAGUAAUGUAUCCCAGUCAAGUAUGUCUGCCUUCUCUCAAGCCUUGUUCUCUCACCCCUCCAUGGGAAGUCCUGCUAAUGCUGGGUUAGCACCAGGAAUGUCACUGUCAGCAGGAUCUUCUCCUCUUCAUUCUCCCAAGAUAACUCCUCAUACAUCUCCUGCUCCUCGAAGAAGAAGUCAUACUCCUAACCCAGCAAACUAUAUGGUGCCUACUAGUGCCUCUGCGUCUGUCGCUAAUGCUGUCUCUCAGCCUCCAUCUACUGGCCAGGUGAUCCAGAAGGAAACAGUGGGUGGAACAACGUACUUCUACACUGACACAACUCCAGCACCUCUCACAGGAAUGGUUUUUCCAAACUACCACAUCUACCAUCCAGCUGCACCUCAUGUUGCUUACAUGCAGCCAAAAGCAAAUGCACCUUCCUUCUUCAUGGCAGAUGAGCUCAGACAGGAACUCAUCAACAGACACUUAAUAACUAUGGCCCAGAUUGAUCAGGCUGAUAUUCCUGCAGUUCCUGCAGAAGUGGACAGCUACCACAGUCUCUUUCCUUUGGAACCACUGCCACCGCCCAAUCGGAUACAGAAAACGAGCAACUUUGGGUACAUUACAUCGUGCUAUAAAGCCGUAAAUAGUAAAGAUGACCUGCCCUAUUGCCUUCGGAGGAUACAUGGUUUCCGUCUUGUUAACACAAAGUGCAUGGUAUUGGUUGACAUGUGGAAAAAGAUUCAGCACUCAAAUAUCGUAACUUUGCGUGAAGUGUUUACCACUAAAGCUUUUGGAGAACAUUCUCUAGUGUUUGCAUAUGAUUUUCAUGCUGGAGGAGAGACUAUGAUGAGCAGACACUUCAAUGACCCUAGUGCUGAUUCCUAUUUCACAAAACGAAAAUGGGGUCAGCAUGAUGGACCUCUGCCACGGCAGCAUGCGGGGUUGCUUCCAGAGUCUUUGAUAUGGGCAUAUAUUGUGCAGCUCAGCUCUGCUUUACGGACCAUUCACACAGCAGGACUGGCGUGCAGAGUUAUGGAUCCAACCAAGAUUCUGGUAACAGGAAAAACAAGGUUACGAGUUAAUUGUGUUGGAAUCUUUGACGUUUUGACAUUUGACAACAGUCAAAAUAAUCCACUGGCAUUAAUGGCUCAGUUUCAGCAAGCAGAUCUGAUCUCCCUGGGGAAAGUUGUGUUGGCUUUGGCUUGCAAUUCUUUAUCAGGAAUUCAAAGAGAGAAUUUGCAGAAAGCAAUGGAACUGGUGACAAUCAACUAUUCCUCUGACCUGAAGAAUCUGAUUUUGUAUUUGCUGACUGACCAAAACAGACUUCGCAGUGUAAACGAUAUCAUGCCUAUGAUUGGUGCACGAUUCUAUACUCAGUUGGAUGCUGCUCAGAUGCGAAAUGAUGUUAUAGAAGAAGAUCUAGCAAAGGAGGUGCAAAAUGGAAGGUUGUUUAGGCUUCUAGCAAAAUUGGGAACAAUCAAUGAGAGGCCAGAGUUUCAGAAGGACCCAACGUGGUCAGAAACUGGAGACAGGUAUUUACUAAAGCUCUUUCGAGAUCACCUUUUCCAUCAGGUGACAGAAGCGGGUACUCCUUGGAUUGACCUCAGUCACAUUAUCUCAUGUCUUAACAAGUUAGAUGCUGGUGUGCCAGAAAAAAUAAGCCUCAUUUCCAGAGAUGAGAAGAGUGUACUUGUGGUAACUUACAGCGAUUUAAAACGCUGCUUUGAAAAUACUUUUCAAGAACUGAUUGCAGCCGCAAAUGGUCAGUUGUAGUAUUUGCUGAAAGCAUGCAGGACAUUGCUGAGGAACUUAACCUAUAGCAAAUUGCACUACAGCUGAAUUGUUGUUGUCAUCUCAUUUCACAUUUGGGAAACAAACAGGAGAUGAGCAAAGCUGCUUGCACUUCAGUCAGGUACACUGUUACUUGAAGGGAAGAAUGUUUCACUUAUCCUAGAGCUAAGGCUGCCAUUGGAGGCUUUAUCUGUGAAGAAUUUAUUUUAGAUUAAGGAACACAUCAGGUGCAUGAUGUUCCUACUUUUAUUUUUUCCACUUGUAUAUGCACUAAUUUUAAUUUUUUUAAGACUUUUCUGAUCUCUGAAGUUUUGCCACAUUGUAUACUUAAGGGAAACUCUUUGCAAGGACAUUUCUGGGAUACAUUUUUGUCACUGAGGAUAUAGCAAAAUUUAUUCAUUUUUGAUAUUAUUUGCACCCAGAAUAGCAUAAAGGACCAGGUAAAUAAUUUAAUAGAAAUUGUGUUCUAUUAAUGACCUUUUAGUUCGUAACCUCUGUAAAAGUGUGUUGUAUGCAAGCUCUGUAUGCCACCCACUGUUAGCUCAAAGAAAUGUGAGAAGAAACAACUUUUCAAAACCAGUCAAGUGAAGUAUUGGUGAAUUGACUAAAAAGGAAAGAAAGUCCCCUGUCAUUUGAUUUAAACCUUGUCUAAGCGAAGUGACGAAAACAGCAUAAUGGGAAACAUCUUUAAUUUAAGGAGCAUAUCAAACUUGCUCUAAACACAACCAGCGCCUUUUAAAAACUGUUUGUACAUUUUCCUGGUAGUCAGAAGCAUUUACAUUUAUGCAAUUUUUUUAAUAGAUUUUUUUUUUAAAGAAAUUGUUUAAAUGCCUGAAGUUUCAGGAGUGUAUUACUUUAGGUUAUUUACAGUAUAAUUUUUGUAUAAAGUUCUGUUCUUUGAACCACAGCUUUAUUAUGGUACGCUACACUGGAUACAGAUACAAAGACACUGUUAAAAGAAGAUUAACUAAACACAGCAGUUGUCUGGCAUCAAGAGCUUUUCAAGUUUUACGGCCUGAAUCUGGAGGGAUAAUGAUCUGCUGUGCCUUUGCAGUCACUGCUUAGCCCAAAGUAAUAUUACUUUUGCUAAUACUCAACACAUGAAUAUUCCUGAAGUAAUUCAGUCUCAAAAGUCUGGAAUUUUGCUCCUCAAUUACCUUUCUAAUUUUUGGACAUGCAGUUGUCUCCAAACUUGGGUAUUCAUGGGAUUUCUAGUUAAACACCUACACUUUGAUACUGAAGACUGCCAAACAUGUAGGAAUUUCCUUUCUUAAAGCAGUAGUGAAGACUGUAUCUAUCCUUUCCCAGCACUGAAUGUUUUAAUAGCACUGGGUGCUCACCAUGAAGAAAAUGUGGAAACUCAAAAGGUCAGGACAGACUCUAAGCACUUGCAACUGAUGUUACUGACAUCAAUUUUAAUGAUUCUCAAUAUUUGUAGUUUUCAGAGAAGUUUUUAAUAUUUCUCUGUCCACUUUUAUAAGCUUUAAAAUGAUUCUCCGCCUUGAGACUUGCAUCAAGAAAAAAGCAACUCUCUUCACAUCGAAAGCUUUGAAGACUAGGGACAUGCUUUACACAUUUUAGAAAAUGUGGUUGAAUCCACAUUAAGUAGCAUCAGUUGUUGAGUUUAAAAAUCAAUUAUUGUUGCAAUUUUCAAAGAAACAUAAUGUUUAAUAUUCAAACGAUAACAGUUGCCAGAAUGUUCUUUUUAAUAUAAAAGGAACAGGAACUUUGAAAAGUGAACAUGCAGAACAGUCUUUUAUCAUUAGCUCAUGUAUUUGAGGAAGAGCAGCUGUCUUUUCUAUGUUUUUUGACAAAUCAUAUUGUAAUUCUUUUGUACAAAAAAAGAAGUACUUGUAUUCUAGAAGAAAUAUGGAAUGCUUAAUUUAUAAGCGGGCUGAGGUUUUUUCCAGUAUUGUUUUCUUUGAAAAUGAAAGGGGAUCAUCUGUUCAGUUGUGGGGUUUGGGAACCUUUGAAAAUUUAAUUUGUGGACCAAUAUUUUGUGGAAGUGUAAGGCAGGGGUAAAAUAGGGCUUGAAUUCUCAUCCUUUUUAGACCAGCAUACCCUCUGCAAGACAUGUCUAAAUUGCAAACCUGUGUGUAUUUGCAUAAUGUCAGUUUGCUUCAGCCCCUAGUAACCUCAGGACUUGGUUUAAAAAUAAAAAGGUAGACAGCUAAUAAGUUUUCAUACAUAAUGUCAGCCAGAAAAUAUUUGGUGUCAGGUAAUACAUAAAAUUAAAAAGAAGUUGAGCUUUGUUUUCUAUUUAUUUUAUUUGGUCGUAUUUGGGAAUAAUUUGAACAGUCUGAAGUUCAGCUUGGGUGUUUUUUUUGGGGAGAGCCCUUCUACCCCAUUUUAAUUCCAUUUAGAAGGUUGUCCUAAAGUUGUAGUUUGAUCCAUUCAUAGGAAGAACUGUGUAUCUGUAUUUAAAAGAAGAGUCACCAGGAUGUGCCCUCCCAGAUGGGAAAUUUAUUUCUGACCUUCCUAUUUUUUUACAGCUAAAAGCACAGAAGGGACAACCUUUGAAAUCAUCUGAUGUUGGUCAUUUUAAUUUUUGUACCUGUUUUAAAUUUUGUUGCUGUAUUUACUAUAUUGUAAAUAUUUUGUUGAGGGUACCUAUGUAUUUUUGAUUUGCCCUUGUUUCAGUAAUUCAGGUGUCAACUGCUUCCCCUAAAAAGCACCAGUAUGUUAAGUUCUAAUGUCAUGAUCCCAAUAUGUGUUACUCAUCUUUAAUCCUGUUUUCAUUGUUCAUGUGUACAGCAGUAUUUUUAAUAAAGAAUA